UAAGUCAUGCUGCUCGUAUUGCAUGUUGGGUAGAGCUCUUCGGCGUAAGAAUCCAAAAUGGCGCAGAAGUUGGUAAACUUUGGACAGAAAAUUGCGACUGCAACACCUCGUUUGGUCACUAGAAUAUCAUUUCUAGCCCUUGAUGCUGCUAAGAAAGCACAGCCCCCUGUUAUGACUUUCUUGAAUAAUGCCAAAGUGGAGAUGCUUCCUCCAAAGCCAUCAGACUGGCCAGCCAUCAGGAAAAGCUUUCUUGGUCUGAAAGAGUCUGCCAUGAAGGGCAAGUUCCUUGAUGUUACAGUUAAGGAGGCUGCUGCAAAUACUUUGGUUGCUGUGGAGAUUGCCUUCUGGUUUUAUGUUGGUGAAGUCAUAGGAAGACGAAGCCUGAUUGGUUAUGAUGUUUGAUAGACUGUCAAGUUGUUCUGCAUGUGUCUUUGUUUCUGACUUAAGUGUGUUGAAAAGCUAUUUUUUGUUCUUUGUGUAAAAUCAGUAAUUAUUGACCUGGGUUUUUACAGUAAUUAAUAAAGGAUUAAUUUCCAACUUGUUGUGA